AGCCUGGAAAGUGCAAGUAAAUUUCCAGAGGAAAACAGUGGUGACGAUGAUGAUGUUGUCAUUGCCCUACACAUUCCCAAAUUCCACGUAUACCAUAUCUCCCCUUCCCAUCCUCCAUCUGUCUUCUUUCCCUUUUUCCUGUGCUGCUUUACAUUGCAGCUUCUCCAACUCUUGUGUCCAACAUUCAAUAGUCAAUUGCAGGAAUAGGAAGAGCAAGUGCUUGAUCAUGUCUUCGUUGCCCCCAUCAUUUCGGGCAUCAGCUGAAGCUGCUUCACCUUCGAUUCCUCCGCUCCCUGAGAAGCGCAUCGUUGUUGGUUGUGGCGCUGUUGCAGUGGAUUUCUUGGCAGCCGUGUCUGCUUAUCCUAAACCCGAUGACAAAAUCCGUAGCACUAGCUUGCUGGUUCAAGGAGGUGGGAAUGCGGGGAAUGCUUUGACUUGUGCUGCACGUUUGGGUCUCAAUUCAAGACUGAUUUCUAAGGUUGCUGAUGAUCCUCAAGGGAGAGCUAUACUGGAGGAACUAAAAGCUGAUGGCGUAGAUACUUCUUAUUCUGUGGUUUCAAAGGAGGGAAACUCACCAUUUACCUACAUCAUUGUUGACAGCCAAACGAAGACUCGCACUUGUAUUCACUCUCCGGGAAACCCUCCCAUGGUGCCAGAUGAGCUUCCCCAGGAAAUCUUAUCAUCUGCAGUGGAUGGAGCAAGACUUGUAUACUUGGAUGGAAGAUUGCAUGAGACUGCUUUAGUCCUGGCACAAGAGGCAAGUUGCAGGAAACUACCUAUUUUAGUUGAUGCUGAGAGACCAAGGGAAGGGUUGGAUAGUCUUUUGAAUUUAGCAGAUUAUGUUGUAUGCUCAGCGAAAUUUCCUCAGGCAUGGACAGAGGCCCCAUCAAUUCCUAGUGCACUUGUAUCCAUGCUUGUGAGAUUGCCAAAGAUCAAAUUUAUAAUUGUGACCCUUGGAGAAGAUGGCUGCAUAAUGCUUGAUAGACGUGUAGAAGAAAUUCCUGAGCUGGAAGAAAUGGAUGUAGACAAUGCAGUAGGAUUAUUAAGGCAGAAGAUCAAUGGUGAAAACACUAUCCCAGCAUGUAUUCCAUCCAAGUCAGUAAAGAGGUUGAAAGCGGAUGGGAUAGGGAUGGUGAAUGGGAGGUUGUUUGUGGGAACAGCUGAGAAGAUACCAGCUUCUGAGCUUGUUGACACUACUGGUGCUGGAGACGCAUUUAUUGGAGCAAUUCUUUACGCUAUUUGUGCAGAUAUGCCACCAGAGAAAAUGUUGCCCUUUGCUGCUCAAGUGGCAGCAGCUGGAUGUAGAGCCUUAGGAGCUCGAAGUGGUCUUCCAUGGCACACGGAUCCACGCCUGGUUCCAUUUUUAUGUUAAGAGAACCAAAUUUCAAACAGUUCAUUUCGGAAAUGGAACCAAUGGGCUACCCACUUUUCUUUUUAAGGAUGUUCUAGGGCCAGCUUACCCUGAAAAAUAUGAGUGCUGGAGUUGUUUUUUGCGUUUGGUUGAACUGUGUAAUAAGAUAAAGCAGUGUAUAUUUGCUUUUUACCUUACA